ACCAUGAAUAAGUCUCAGGACUCCACCGUGACAUAUUUUGUUUUAUUGGGCUUUCCUGGUCCCUGGAAUAUCCAAGUCACACUUUUCUCACUGAUCCUGCUGGUCUACAUGAUAACGUUGGCUGGGAAUACGGCCAUCAUUUGUGCAGUAAGGUGGAACCAACAACUCCAUACCCCUAUGUACUUGUUCCUGGCCAACUUCUCCUUCCUAGAAAUCUGGUACGUGACCUGCACAGUCCCCAACAUGCUGGUCAACUUUCUUUCCAAAACCAAGACUAUCUCCUUCUCUGGAUGCUUCAUUCAAUUCUAUUUCUUCUUCUCGUUGGGCACAACGGAAUGUUUCUUCCUCUGUGCCAUGGCUUAUGACCGGUACCUAGCCAUCUGCUACCCACUGCACUACCCUUCCAUCAUGACUAGGGAAUUCUGCAGUGUUCUGGUGUCCCUCUGUUGGGUCAUUGGUUUCUUUGGACAUCUGGUUUCCAUUUUUUUCAUUUCUCAAUUGUCUUUCUGUGGUCCCAACAUCAUUGAUCACUUUCUGUGUGAUGUAGACCCACUGAUGGCACUGACGUGUACACCCACACCCAUCAUAAGGCAGGUAUUCUAUUCUAUAAGUACUCUUUUCAUUGUCCUCACCAGUCUGUACAUCCUUGGAUCGUAUGCCCUGGUGCUCAGAGCUGUCCUUCGGGUACCUUCUUCAGAUGGACGGCAGAAGGCCUUCUCCACCUGUGGAUCCCACCUGCUGGUAGUGUCUCUGUUCUAUGGGACCAUAAUGGUGAUGUAUGUGAGUCCCACAUCUGGCAGCUCAGUGGCUAUGCAUAAAAUUAUCACGCUGAUAUACUCUGUGGUGACACCAGCUUUAAAUCCUUUCAUCUAUAGCCUGCGUAACAAGGAUAUGAAAUAUGCCCUCCAUUGUGUCUUCUUUGGGAAAAAGAUUAUGCAAAACUAA